UUGUGAUAUUCAACAAUUUGACAGACAUGAUGAACCUCAUCAAAAAGAAAGGCACCCUGGGCAUCAGAGGCUGCACCGUCCUCUAUGUUCUCAUCGGCCUGUUGGUUUCUAAAGCCUCCACUGAGGCUGCAGACAGUCCAGAGGAAGAGGUGUCUUCUCUAAAGCUGAGACUAAACUUGAUGAUGAAUCGCUACAGACUUUUGUGUAACCAAUUCUCCAACCUGGCAUCCAACUGCUCAGCUCCAGCUAUUAACUGCACCCACUGUCCUAACGGGUGGCUUAAGGUAGGGGACCAAUGCUUCCACCUCAGCACUGACAGGGACAACUAUUUUAAUAGUACAGAUAAGUGUACAGAGAUAGGUGCCCAUCUUGCCAUCUUGACCACCAAAGAACAGCAUGAUGUUGUGCAACAAGAAGGCAAAAGGAUUGGAGGCACAUACACAUACUACUGGAUCGGACUGACUGACAUUAACAGUGAAGGAGACUGGAAAUGGGUGGACAACUCAACACUUAAAACCCCAUUUUGGAACGUGCUGAAAUCACAGUCAGACAAGAAAUUAUCCGGUGGGCUGGAGGGAAAACAUUGUGCGGUGGUGGACAGCUACAUGCAAAUCUGGUACAAUGUCCCCUGUUCCUUCUUGUACCCCCGGAUCUGUCAGAUGGACGCCAUCCCUCUCUAGUGAGCCCCAGCACACCACGGCAGGACCACCACACAAUUAUGAAAGAUAUUGAUACUUUAUUGGUAAA